UAGCAGUAAGCCAAACUUAAUAUGUUAGUUGUACCGGUUUUUUGUUUGUUUUGUGUGUUUUAUUUCGGACACUUUCAGUUAUUCACACAGUGUUUGUUAGUCCUUUCUUGUUGAUAAACCAAAACACGCAUACACCCAAAUACACAUAAUAUGGUCUAUCUAUAUGGAAUAUCGGAUACCAAGUAUCGAAGAGGGAAGCUUAAAUGGAAUGAGAAACGCCAGGGAUUAAGAAAGGAAUACAAAUAUCGAACAAAUUCCUUACUUGCGAAACAUGUGGACUUCGAUCAUCAUGCCCAUCCAAUUCAAUUUCGCGUUCAAGCCACAUCCCUAGUCGAACUAGCCGCCAUUGCUGUGGAUAAACUGCCCUUGCCAUCGGUCUUCAAGUGGACUUACGCUGACGUUAAGAGAUGGAUUCGUAGAUAUGGCUAUCCCCAGUAUAUGAAUACUUUUGAAGUGAACAAGAUCUGGGGCAGGAAGCUGUUGCUGGUGGACGCCGCCGCCUUGUCGGCGAUGAAUAUCAAGGACUUUGAGCACAUUAAGCACAUUGCGUAUGGCAUACGAAUGCUCUUCCAUUUCGAGCUGACCAAAUUCUCGAGCAAAGUGUCGCUCCCUGAUGAGCGGCCCAACGAGCUGUACCUGCUGUGGCACACGCAAACGGGCAUCAACUAUGAUGAAGUGCGUCGAUCGGAUUUGUACAGGCGUAUGCAGAUCAUCAGGGAGCGUUUGCCCGAUCUGGAGCAUUGGGAUCUGCUGACGCUGUGGCUAGCACGGGAACGACAGCGGAAAUUCAAGGAAUUGCAGCCUUCACGCCCAGUGCCGGCAACGAAACCGCCCGCAGUGGAGUGGGCAAGAGAGUUGCACUCCAUACAUGACGAAAUGUGCCUAGAUUGCAUGCCGCCCUGUGAUUGCUGUUGGAAUGCAAAUGAUGUCCGUUUGCCGUGGAUUCUGAGCGUUCUACCCCAUUCCGUUAUGAACUCGUCCCAGCUCAGGUGGUCAGCCACCGAGAAAAGCUGCGUUAAGUGCUUACCGCCCUGCGAGUGCCGCUGGCUGUCCCGUUACUAUCUGACCGGCACAGUGAUGAGCUGCCUGCAGCGAACCUUCCCCGAAAAGUUCUCACCCAUUUUUGAUGUUGCUCACAACACGGUAGUGCGCGAAAGUAUAAUAGAUCGCUGGAUCCGAUUCUCCAUAUAGUAUAGCUCACAAACAUACAACGCCCACACAUAAAACCCGACUACAUUCGAUUGUUGUUUUUAAUAUAGUAUGCGGAAGAUCUUUCCCUAAAAACGUU